CCCAAGGAUGCGAGGGGUUAUCUGAUUAUCUUCACUUGUCCUGAGUUUGUGAUGUUUGUUGAUACAGAGAGGAGCGUAGAAGGCUAGGCGAAUGAGAAUUGGUGAGACUGUAUUGCAGAAAUAUGAAUAAGGGCUAAGCAAAAGAAUAGCAAUGGAUGGGAUUUUGAAUAUUCAGCUCUUCAAUUCUGGAGUUCACUGCCUCUGCUCUAGAGAAGGAGAGAUUACUGGGAGUCCAAUACUUCACACGUCAUCUCCAAGCCAAAUCCAAUGUCUUAGUUCUUCAAUCCAUCAGAGAUUGCCUCCGGUGGCAAGUGGCUGCAGAAGCACAGUGAAGGUUCACGCUAUGAGGAGAAGGAGAAGGGCAAAUGAGAGGACUGGAACUUAUGUACUGCUAGAACCAGGUGAGGAAGAGAGGUUUGUGAGUGAGGAAGAAUUGAAGUCUACCUUGAAAAAUUGGCUAGAGAACUGGCCCAGUAAGACCCUUCCUCCUGAUCUUGCGAGAUUUGACACCAUUGAUGAAGCUGUUUCCUUCCUCGUAAGGACUGUCUGUGAACUGCAAAUUGAUGGAGAUGUUGGCUCAAUCCAGUGGUACGAAGUCCGCUUAGAGUAAGGAAACCUGUUUUUGAACCAAAGACUGCGCUUUAUUUGACACAUCAGAUAUCUGCACUUUUAUGCUUCAAUUGACAAAACUAUAAUGGAUAUCUCCAUCGGGCUCAGUGUGUUAUAUAUUUAUCUCGAGUCAGUCACUCUUAGGGUUAAGUAAAUAUCAAAAUCCCCAAUCCCUAAUUAUGUACAACUUGCCUAGUUCCAAUUAUUAACAUAUUCAUAUUACAACAAGAAA